AUGGAUCUUGAAGAGUCCCAACUGUUUAUCGACGACCCGAUGGACCCACAUCCAGCCAUUGAGCGCCCAGACGACGAAAGAUUAAGAGAAUUAUCGACCAUUUCCAAUAUCUUUGUCGAAGGCGAUGACGGACAUUUUGCUUUCCUUACCUUGGACGAUAUUCUGCCGCUUACCAAUGCUAUUAUCAAAACAUAUACCUAUUUCGGCAGACAUAUCACCUUCGAGACAAUUUAUGGAUAUUACUUAGAACAGAAAGAACGAAACGGAGGAGUUCCAGAAGAGAUAAAGAGCUUUCACUGUAUUUAUGAAUAUGCACUUCCCACUCCUGAGGAGCCUUUUCCUGUUCCAUCGGGUCGAUACAAUUCGAAGCUAUUCUUGAAGGAAAUUCAAGAUUAUUUCUAUGACAUUAGACAGGUCCUCCCGUCUCCAACUUUGAAGAAAACCGAGGAACUGUUCCAGGUGGCUUGCAAAAACGCAACGAAUGAUCAGAAGUAUAAGGUUGCUGACAUAGAGAAACUACUUGAUAUAGCAUUUCUUACCAUGAAACAGUCAACAACCGUUGGAUUCACUCAUCAUCGUUUUGUUCAAGCUUCCACUGUUUUGUUUCCUUUCUAUAACUUGAUCGACCGCUUGAAUAUUCGAGCACUUUCUGCACUCAAGGAGCGUGUUCGACAUUACGGUCGUUCUAGCGGCCUUCGCAGCCGUCAAACUUCUAUUUCAUCGGUUGUUCAAGCACUAUGUAAUAUUAUAAUCAAAAUCCAACCGGCACAGAAAAUCCGGAAUGAUCCUCAACCGAAUCCAUUUUCAAACCUACAUCAAGUAUAUUACCCUGUGCAUCCUACCGGAAUGCCGUAUGGAAACGUGAAUGUUGAUAUAAACCAGAAUCAUGUAAUGGCAAAUGGUCCCCACCAUCCCGAAUUGGCAAAUGGAGGCAUAGUCCCUCUCGAGCAUCCUGGACUUCAAAACUUUGUAAAUCCACUUGGUGAUUUUGCUCCUCUCAUGCAGCCAGCUGUUCAGAAUCCUAGCAUGAUCCAUCCGAUGCAGCCAGCAAACAUUGUUCUUCAUAUGCAGCCGCCACCGCAGCAUCCAGUGAUUCCAAAUGAUGACAUGGUCCCGCUCGUGCAGCCAGCUCUCCAGGAGGUUGAACUGGUAAAUGGAAACAUGGUUCCUCAAAUGCAUCCAAAUGGAAAUAUGGUUCCACAGAUGCAGCCGGUAUUUCAAAACCAAGAAAUGCAAUGGCAUCCUCAUAUUAAUAAUGGUCACAUGGUUCCACAAUUGCAACAUCCUGGCUAUGCGAACACCAUUGAGCAGCCAAAAUACGAAACGGUGCCUGGAUAUAAGACUCCACGUGCUGUUAUGGACGCAGUAUGGCUGGCAGGACAAGAAGCAGUCAAUCCUGAAGAACAGAUCGAUGACGAGAUGAAUGCCGAGGAAGAGAUGAAUGGUUUUGCAAUGGGAGAGCUGCGUUUCAGAAGAGCAAUCGUGGUUGAGCGACGAGAUGAUGCGUCGAUCAGAGCAGAAUUAUAA